UGACGUUUAACCUCAAAUUUUAUUUAAUAAUUAUGUCUAAAAAAAACCGAAAUAAUUACACUCAAUACUCGCAAGAAGAAUCAUCAAGUUCAUCGCUUAAUUACGAUAAAUCAAAGAUUUGUCGAAUCUUGCGAGGGGAAGAACUUUAUAACGAAAAAAAGGUGAUUUACUCUGGGAUAAAUCGCCCGUUAAGGGCUUUUAAACACGUAAAUGGAUGUUAUUUGAACGAAUCCUCCAUAAAACCGUUUUUGCGGAUAACCCCCGAUCAAAAAAGGGUGAAUGUUUCAAUCCAUGGUGUUAAAAAAUUGCAGAAAACGCCUUCAGAAUGUAGCAGAAACGUUCAAACUCAAACUUCUUGUUAUGAAGAUUUAAAUAAUAACUUAAAUUGUAGCUUCACUCAAAGAAGAGAUGAAUACGAACGGAAUAAAUCGUCUUCUAAGUUUGCGUCGACCUCAACGAUGAAGGAAUUUAGUGAUUAUUCCUCAUCGGAUAGAUUAAAGGAUUUGGAGAGUUUCAGGAAAGAGAAUUAUUUCGAAACUCAUGAUGUUAAUGGCUUAAUUAAUCAUAAAUGUGUGCAUCAGUUUAAAAUAAACGAUAGGUUUCUUCCUGAACCGAUAAAUCCUGAUGUUUAUGGAAUAAGUAGGUGCAUAAUUUGUAAUAAAGCGUUGGAAAUGAUUAAUAAACACGAAAAAGAUAAUGAAUUAAAGAGGAGAAGUAAUAAAAAAGAUGUUGUUAAUAUCAAGAAGAGAUAUGAGAUGAAAUUAAAGCCGGUUACGGUUAAUAUUGGGACAGGUAAAGAGGUUAUGAAGAUUUCGGUGCCUUACGGGUUGGAGGAGGAGCGUUUUGGGAGGAGGAAAAAUUUGGUUUUUGAUAGUUUUGCUUUGAGGCUUCAAAAAGGGGUUUUUUGAUUUGAGAAGACAUCUUUAUUAAAAAUUAAGUUAAAUAUACAACAUAAAAACACAAAGGUCGUUUAUCACAACAAUAUAUAAUUAAUUAUAAAGUAGUCUUAAGUAUUGCAUUUUUAAAUAAGAUAAAUUAAAAUAAAUUUAAACUGCUUAUUGUCCUUUUCCCCAAAAUGUCUUUGGGCCUAAUGUACUUUGUCGUCGCUUCGUUCUCAAAGUUUUUCUGCUCAUCUUUGUAUUUUUGUUUUAAAAUGAUCAAUCGUAAACACAAAUAAUUCAUGUAACAAA